GAACGAUUAGAUGAACCAUCAACUACCGCAAAAUCACACAGAAAAACUGGCAAAAUGUUCACAUUUUCUCCAAUUUUAGUACUCCUAUUCCUUUUCUGCUUCAGCUUACUGUAUUCAGUUCAAGGCAGCUACUUUGAUCAAGAAUUUGUUAAGCAGGUACUGAAUUCAGCAAGUAAAGAUAAAGAUUGGUUAGUAUCCAUAAGAAGGAAAAUUCAUGAAUACCCAGAACUCAGAUUCGAAGAAUAUAAUACCAGUGCUCUGAUUCGUAGUGAACUUGAUAAGCUUGGGGUUUAUUAUGAAUACCCUUUUGCUAAAACUGGUAUUGUUGCUCAAAUUGGCAAUGGUUCUCCCCCUGUUGUUGCUUUGCGAGCUGAUAUGGAUGCCCUUCCUAUGCAGGAACUUGUUGAAUGGGAACAUAAGAGCAAAAUUAAUGGCAAAAUGCAUGGAUGUGGACAUGAUGCUCAUACGACGAUGCUUCUUGGUGCUGCUAAGCUGCUGAAUGAACGGAAGGACAAACUUAAUGGAACCGUCAGACUUGUUUUCCAACCUGCGGAGGAAGGAGGAGCUGGUGCAAAUCAUAUGAUAAAGGAAGGAGCUCUAGGUGAUGCAGAAGUUAUAUUUGGUAUGCAUGUUGAUUUUAAAAGACCUACAGGGGGCAUUGGCACUAGUCCUGGACCCCUUUUAGCUGCCGUUUGCUUCUUUGAAGCAAAAAUAGAAGGAAAAGGAGGGCAUGCUGCACAACCCCAUGAAGCUGUGGAUCCAAUACUUGCUGCAUCAUUUGCAAUUGUGGCAUUGCAGCAGCUCAUCUCAAGAGAAGUAGAUCCCCUUCAUAGUCAAGUUCUUUCUGUUACUUAUGUCAGAGGUGGAUCAGCAUCAAAUGUAAUUCCAUCAUAUGUUGAAUUUGGGGGAACUCUGAGGAGUCUAACGACUGAAGGCUUGUUUCAACUUCAAAAGAGGGUGAAAGAGGUAAUUGAAGGACAGGCAGCUGUGCAUAGGUGUAAGGCGUACAUUGACAUGAAAGAGGAGGAUUUCCCAGCAUAUCCAGCUUGCACAAAUGAUGAGAACUUACAUCAACAUGUAGAGAGGGUUGGCAAACUCGUGCUUGGUUCGGAGAAUGUUGGGGAAAUUGAAAAGGUCAUGGCAGGUGAGGACUUUGCUUUCUAUCAACAAGUGAUUCCUGGAGUUAUCUUUCAAAUAGGGAUCAGAAAUGAAAAGUUGGGCUCUACCCACGCCCCACAUUCCCCUCAUUUCUUUCUUGACGAGGAUGUCCUUCCAAUUGGAGCAGCAAUGCACACAGCCAUAGCAGAGAUGUAUCUGAACGAUUACCAACAUCCCACUGCAGUUUAGCUAAUAACAUUAUUGUUUGAUGGUCUCUUGAGUUGCAUAAAUGUUCCAAUUACUCGUUCAUUCUGCACAUUGUAUACAAUACAACAUAAAUAAGCAAAUCUAAUGCGGUGAUGACCGUCUGUUCA